AUGGUGUUCAUCGUCAAGAUACCCAAUCGCUCGCGUGGCAACACACCAGAAGCAUCGAAUACUCCCGCUAACGAGCAAGCACCAAACAUGGACGCACAGACCCUCCCUCCUCACGCAGCAACUUCGGACAACGGCUUCUUGCAGGCCAGCAACACAAUGGCACAAUACAGCCAAGCAUAUACGACCAGUGAUGCUUCGAGCGCAAGCGUCAAUGUACCGCAUCCGCCGGAGGCUCAGUCACAACUCGGUGCAGAACUCGACGUUCUCGUGGCACCCGCCGUGCUCAACCACAGAUACGUGCGAGGUAUGGACAAGAGUCUGAUUGUCGAGCGACCGGAACGCAUUCGAGCAGUACUACUGGGUAUCGCAACUGCAAUCGGCAAGACCACUGUCGACGAAUCCACUCCGCCUCUACCCACUCAUAGCUCCUUCCAGUCUUCGGGUCUUGAGGGUCCAGCAUCAUCAACAACAGCAGCGCCGACAAUCAACACACCAGAACAAGACGACGAUGAUCUUGUAGCACGACUCAACUCGCUCUCGGUCAAUAGCGCCUCUUCCCAACAGGAUGCAGUCCAAGCCCCUCAGCAGAAGUUCCGCGUCCUUCAUUCGACACGGUCUCUGCUGCUCGACCCGCCUCAUCCCGCCGUGGCCUUCACUCACGCUCACUCGGAUGAGCUCGCAGAGGUUCUAGAGAGCGCUUAUGACCAAGCAAAGCAGCGUAGGCGCGAUGCUCGUGCUGCAGUUCCUGAUCCAAACGCUGGUCCAUCAUCGCGGCACAGCGUAAUCGAGGUCAAGCCUGAACGCGAAGCGACACCGACACCAUACUCUGUAGCCGACAUCGCACCGCAACCGGCGGCAGAAUCAGCUCCAACCAGGCAGCGCAUAUCUCAUGCAGCCUACCUCGAAUACCUUUGCGCACGUGCACCCAACCAUCCACCUGUCUCUCACGCCAAGCCGCAGCACGUAUCGCCUGCUCAGUCACUACCCGACGACAGCGAAGCCUACACUUCGAGCGAUGGAGAGGGCAAUGAUACCAUGCACUUGUCCGAGGUUCCAGAACACCUGCCCCAAGGCGACUUGUAUCUGGCAGGACCAUCGGAAGAGGCAGGUAUGGACGGCGGAUCAUCUGAAGCCAUCCGGCAUGCGAUGGGUGCUUGCUGUGAAGCUGUUGAUCGAGUUUUCGCUGCUGCCUCUGCUCAGUCCGCAAGCGCAAGCACAUCCUUGCGAGAGAUCAAAUACGAGAACAGCUCCUCCUCCGAUAGCAACGACGCUCCCCUUCCAGCCAAACGUGCCUUUGUCCUUUCGCGACCACCCGGACACCACUGCUCCGGCUCGACCCCCCAAGGCUUCUGCUGGGUCAACAACGCCGUCGUCGCCUCGGCCCACGCUUAUCUCAUCCAUGCUAUCGACCGAGUCUGCAUCUUCGAUAUCGACCUGCACCACGGCAAUGGAACCCAAAAUCUCGUCUGGCGUAUCAACUCAGAUGCGAACAAACACGAUGAAGAACGCACUGAACGGAUCGCUUCUCUCCGAGCUGCUGCCCUCGAACGUGCUCGCGCAGCAAUAGGCCCGGGUAGCGGGAGAGCCCAUGCGGCAAAGCUGGCGAAAGUUGCACUGACUGGAGAAGAUGAGAGGAAGGUUAGGGAGCAAGCGGGUAAGAGGGGUUUGAGGGUGUUCUAUGGGUCAUUGCAUGAUAUUGAGAGUUUCCCGUGUGAGGAUGGAGAUCCAGGCAUGAUCAAAGAUGCAAGUACCUGUGUUGAGGGCGCUCAUGGACAGUGGAUUUGGAACAUCCACCUGGACAACUACCGCACAGACUCGGGAUUCAGACAUCUCUACGACACCAAGUAUGCCAUGUUAUUCAACAAAGCAUCCCGCUUUCUCACCUCGACCUCCGCUACUCCUACAUCAACCCUCGUCCUCAUCUCAGCGGGCUUUGACGCGUGUUCCUACGAAUACCCGGGAAUGCAACGUCACGGCAAGCACGUCCCGCCCUCGUUCUACCACACCUUUGCCCGCGACGCUGUUCACUUUGCUGAAUCGCAUGCCCAGGGCAAGCUAGUCUCGGUGCUGGAAGGAGGCUACAGCGACAGAGCGCUGUGUUCUGCUGCUCUUGCCCACGUCACAGGCUUAGCUGUUGGCGCCGAAGCAUCAAAGAGUAGCGGGGACGAAGGAGAGUAUUGGAAACUAGAGAACCUGGUCGCAGUCGAAAAGGUAGCCAAACGGAUGGCAGCCUACGCUGCUGGCGUUGGAGGUGCCGGAUCAGGAAGUGCAAAUACCACUGCGAGCAAGAGAAGGCAGGCUGAGCUACCGCAUUGGUUGGGAGUGACGAGUAAGGCUUUUGCUGCUUUUGAACAGGCUUGUGGUAAGAAGGAUGUUCAGCCGAUUGGUGCGAGUGGAGGGGCCGGAGGGGGUAGUGCUAGUGCGGUGGCUGGUCCGGCAGGUGCAAAUGCAGGAAGGGUGUUGAGAGAUCGAGGUGCACUGAAGUCUAAGCGUGUGUUCGAGCGUGGUUCGACGCCGCAGCAAGCAACGACAGGGAGAAGGGCAACUCCAACGAAGGGAAGGAGAGGUGAUAGUCCGGGUAAGAAGGAGUCUCCGACCAAAGCUCGUGUCAGUGGUGGUAGUGCGGGUACUGUGCCGGUUACGCCAGUGAAGAAAGAGGAGGAAGAGGAUAUUUCCAUGGAUACUGAUACGCCCACCCGUCCUCCGAAAGUUGAAACGCACGCUUCGCCCCUCAAGGUCGAUCCACAGCCUCCCUCACAGUCGUCUCAUUUGACGGCAAAUGUCGCAACUGCUCCACUUGCAUCUACUCCAGUACAGCAGCAGCCACAGCAGCAGCAACCCCCGCCCUCACUCGCCCCCAAACAAACCCCACCUUCCAUCUCAUCCUUCAUCACCACCUCUUCCGCCCCCGAAUCCCCCGCCCUAACCGCCACCCCCGUAACCCUAGUGGACGCCAUGUCUUCCCCCUCACACCGCAUCAUCGACGCCAACACAGCCCACAUUCAUUCUCACACUCAAAAUCCCGAUCCGCUUGGAUUGCACUACCUCCGAGCAAAAGACUUCCACUUUGCCAACGGUGAAGACGAUGCAGAAGGUUCACCCGAUCCUCUCCCCCUAGAUCAAAACAGAAUCGGAGGUGCGAGUGAGGCAUAUUUCCCUCUCCAAGAGCAGCAACCGCAUCAAGCGCAGCAAGCGCAGCAAGCGCAGCAACAAGGAUCGAUCCCAGGUGGAUUCGGAGCUGCACUUGCCGGGGUUAAGUUGGAACAUGCUUCCUUGAGUAGAGAGGGUGGGAGAGGGUCUUUGCCUGGCAUGAUACAGCAAUCUCUGUCGGAGGAGAAGAGGGAGGAUGGGGGAUCGCUUGAUCCUUCAUUGCCGCAUUCACAUAUUUAUACUCAUUCACAGCAGUACUGA